AUGCAAGUCUCUAAGAAUCCGACCAAGCAAACAAAUCGAGAGAAGAAGAAACUCACCGAAGAUUAUACCAUGUCAAGGUCAGUGAUCAUGGCUUCGGAGUCUCCGGUUUACUUCCCAUCUCCACUUGUUUUUUCUCCGACGUCAGCCAAAACGCCGCCCUCUUCUCCUCGUUGGACACCACCGAAGAAGAUUAUGAUAGCGUGUCCUCCAAGGAAGCCUAAAGAGACGACUUCGAGUUCUGAAUCUAACACAGCUUUAAAAAGAAAGCGACCACCGAUGCUUGACCUAAAGCUACCUCCCACGGUUUCAUCGUGGUGCAGUACGACGGUGAAGACGCCGGGAAAAGCGGAUGACGUUGUUGAAGCGGAAGGAGAUGGAGUUUACUCCGUUUACUGCAAGAGAGGAAGACGCGGACCAAUGGAAGAUAGAUAUGCGGCGGCGGUUGAUCCUGGCGAGAGAGUUCGCAAGAAGGCUUUCUUCGGCGUUUUCGACGGUCACGGCGGAUCCAAAGCGGCGGAGUUCGCGGCGAAGAAUCUCGGCAACAACAUUGAGGCGGCGAUGGAGGCAGCGAGAUCUGGAGAAGAAGGUUACUCGGUUGAGAGAGCGAUACGAGAAGGUUACAUCAAAACGGACGAGGACUUCUUGAAAGAAGGCUCGAGGGGCGGCGCGUGUUGUGUAACCGCUUUGAUAUCGGAAGGCGAGCUUUCGGUUUCGAAUGCCGGAGAUUGUCGGGCUGUUAUAAGCCGCGGUGGAGUUGCGGAGGCUCUUACUACCGAUCAUAAUCCUUCUCAAGCUAGUGAGUUCAAAAGGAUUGAAGCAUUGGGUGGUUAUGUUGACAGCUGCAACGGCGUGUGGAGAAUUCAAGGAACAUUAGCCGUCUCACGAGGAAUUGGAGACCGGUAUCUCAAGGAGUGGGUGAUAGCUGAACCGGAAACAAGAACAUUACGGAUAAAACCGGAACUUGAGUUCUUGAUCUUAGCAUCUGACGGCCUCUGGGAUAAGGUAACGAACCAGGAGGCGGUUGAUGUGGUUCGGCCGUUCUGCGUAGGCGUGAAGAAUCCAAAGACACUUUCUGCUUGCAAGAAACUAGCCGAGUUAUCGUGUAAGAGAGGGUGUUUGGAUGAUAUUAGUCUAAUCAUAAUUCAGCUACAACAGUUUGUGGCAUGAUUCAUUAAUAUAGUAUUAAGUUAAACUUGAUUAAAACGAUUAAGUCUUAUGUAACAAUUUUGUUCGUUAAUUCACAUGUAAAUAUAAUUUUCAAACACAAUUAGUUGAUAUUUUCGUACUUGGUGAUAUCAA